GCUUUGCUUCGCGACGAUAAUCGAUGCAUGAUUACCCGCCAGUUCGAUUCGACUGUCUUCGAACAGAGCAGCGUUGAACUUCAAGCCGAGCUGUCGGCCGCAAAUCAGCCUCUCUGUGUCACAGAAUGCUGCCACAUUUUCCCAGAGUCUACAAAUCGGGGUAUUGAUGACAAGCACAAGGGUGAAUAUGCAGCAAGCGUGUGGACUAUCAUCGAAAGAUUCGGAUACCCGAAGCUCCGCACGGAACUUGAAGGAGAACAAAUUCAUUUAUUGAAGAAUAUCCUCACCUUGAAUCAAUAUGCUCACGGCAUGUUUGACACUCUACGGUUAUGGUUUGAGGAAACGGACAUUCGUCAUUGCUACAAAAUUGGAGCCAGCAACCCAACAAUGGUGUUCGGUGGCUACCGUUUCCCUCGCGAAGUUCAGUUCAAGACGACUGAUGAGAGGUUUGACUUGCCUGAUCCCCGGCUCUUGAAACUACAUGCUGCGUGCUGCAAGGUUGCGUGGAUGUCCGGGGCUGCAGGGUACAUGGACGAGCUGGAUCGGAAACGCGACGAUUACGACCCAUACGAGCCUGUUGCGGCGGACACCCUUUCCGCUCUUUUGUCUGAACUCCCCACCGCGCCGGUCGAUAUGGCCUUGUCCCAGCUCAUUGCAGUGUAG